AUGGCAGUGUCUAUAACAAUGAUUUUCAGUGGAAGGUUGCCUACUAAUGAACAGAAGGAGAAGCCUACCCAAUCUGCAAAAUCUCUUUCUAAUUGGUCUGGUGGUUCUCAGUAUUCGCCAGUAGAAAGGAGCGUGUGUUUCUUUAUGGACAUUGCAAAUGAGAGAACGUUGGAAAAUCUCAAAUAUCCAAAUGCUUCUGACACAGCAACAUCGGCUGAUGAAAAUGUUUAUGAGCAAAGAGGUGUAUUCAAGCGAAUAAUGGAAGCAGUAAACAAUCAACAAGGAGGCGUAUUUUUUUUUUAUGGAUACGGUGGCACAAGGAAAACCUACAUGUGGAGAACUCUAGCUUCCUACAUAAGAUCAAAGAAACAAAUUUGUUUAACUGUUGCUUCAUCGGGCAUAGCUUCACUACUACUUCCAGGAGGUCGAACGACUCAUUCAAUGUUCAAGAUUUCAAUACCUACAAUGGAGUCUUCUACAUGUAAUAUCGACAAAGGUAGUGAUCGUGCAGAGCUACUAAAAAUGGCAAAGUUGAUAAUUUGGGAUGAAGCUCCAAUGACACACAGAUUUUGUUUUGAAGCGUUUGAUAAAACCCUUAAAGACAUAAUGGGGCUUUCCAAUUGUUCUGACAAAUUAUUCGAAGGGAAAGAUCAUUGUGUUGUGUUGAAGCUUACAAAGAACAUGCGACUCCAACAAGCCGACAAUACUUCAAGUACAUCUGAAUUAGAAUUGUUUUCUAAUUGGAUAUUAAAAGUUGGCGAUGGGAAAUUGGAAGAACCUAACGAUGGUUACACGAAUAUUCCUAUUCCAAAUGAUUUCUUAAUUUCUAACUAUGAUGAUCCACUAGAAGCCAUUGUUAGUGAAACAUAUCCGAAUUUUCUUAACAAUUACAAGAAUCCAGAAUUUUUGCAAUCAAGAGCUAUAUUGGCAGGAACAAUUGAAACGGUUGACAUCAUAAAUCAAUACGUUUUGGGAUUCAUACCAGGUGAAGAAAAGGAAUAUUCAAGUUCAGAUUCUGUAGACACUUUUGACGGUGAAGGAAAUGAAGCUUUUGAUGUUUUGACCCCGGAAUUUUUGAAUACACUUACAACUUCCGGUCUACCUAACCACAAGAUUAAAUUGAAGAUUGGGACCCCUAUUAUGUUGCUUCGAAACAUUGAUCAACUUGAAGGUCUCUGUAAUGGAACAAGGCUUAUAGUUACAAGAUUGGCAAACCACGUUAUCGAGGCAAAGAUUAUAUCUGGAAAGAAUAUUGGAGGGGUUAUCUAUAUUCCAAGAAUGGAUAUGACUCCAACACAAUCUCCGUGGCCAUUCAAAAUGACUAGAAGGCAAUUUCCCAUAACUAUAUGUUAUGCUAUGACAAUUAACAAAUCUCAAGGUCAGUCAUUGGAUUAUGUUGGAUUGUAUUUGCCUAGAAGCGUAUUUAGUCAUGGUCAACUAUAUGUUGCAAUAUCAAGGGUCAAAAGCAAAAAAGGGCUUAAGAUAUUAAUCCAUGACAAGGAUAACCAUCCAUUGAAUUCUACAACAAACGUUGUGUUCAAAGAAGUUUUUGAAAACUUAUAG